AUGGAAGACGCCGACGACGCUGUUGUUUUAUCAAAAAUUGCAAAAAUUACCAACAGCAAUGCAAGUGACAACAACUAUUUUGUUUAUAAACAAAAAUCUUGGCAACUUUUGGAUGUAUUCCAGGAUGAUUCCACAACAUUACUGGACAUUAUCAAACAAUCUGAAAAUGGCAAAUUGAUGAAUAUAUUGGAAUUCAUUGAAUCAAAUGAUGGCGACUACCUAAUGGCUCUAUACCGAAACGGUUUAUAUGGAAAUAGAAAAAAGGCAUCAGUGAUAGUAGACAAACUAUUCGAGAUUCUGUUCGGGAAUACAAAUGACAAUGACAAGUCUAAUAUGACUUUAACUGGCGAUGGGGAUGAAGCAGCCAAUAAUGGAAAUGAGGACAGAAAAAUUAUGAAAACAUAUGUGACGACCAAACUGUUUGAGGCAUUACAAAACUGCCAUGCAGAUGAUAGAGAUGAAUUGCAGCUGGUAGAUUCUGAAAUAUCAUUACCACAAAAUUUUCUUCCCAAACUUUGCAAUUAUCAGUUGAAAAGUGUUCGAUGGCUUUUGGCCAAAGAAAGAUGUCCUUCCAAAUUCUCACAAUUUUUCGAUAGGCUAACAUCAAAAGACAACGAGACUGUUGUAUAUAAACAUCGUUUUCAACGAUAUGUACAACAGCAAGAACCAGAACCAUUGACACUGCCACCAGGAGGUAUUUUGGCCGAGGAAAUGGGUUUGGGUAAAACCGUUGAAAUGCUGGCCUUGAUUUUGCUUAACCCCAGAAAUGAUAUAACACAUCCCAUUAUGGAUAUAACAUUUCAAAUGCCCGAUGCGAAGAGAAGGCGAAUGGUAAAAGAAGUAUUCUGCAUUUGCAGCUCAAAAUCAACCAAUAAAAUUAUACAAUGUACAAAAUGCAACUUGUGGCAGCACAUAAAAUGUGUGGCCAAAUAUAACGCUGACCAUGAUGACGAUAUCAAUGAUCCGUAUGUGUGUCCCAACUGUUGGCAAGAAGUUAUUUCAACACAUGGCUUAUUGGAAACAAAGGCAACAUUUAUCGUCUCCCCAAAUACAAUAAAAUUGCAGUGGCUUUCUGAAAUAAGACGCCAUAUUCAACCAACUUUACGCGUCCUGUUGUAUGAGGGUAUUUGUGGUGGUAAAUGGAUAAGUCCGAAGCAACUGGCCAAUUAUGAUGUAGUGCUGACGGACUAUAACAUAUUGACAAAAGAGAUUUAUUUCACCAACGAAAAUACUAGCGAACGUACAAUGCGCAACAAACCACGUUUCAUACGUAUGAAAACUACCAUAUUAAUGCUGGAGUGGUAUCGCGUCUGUUUAGAUGAAGCUCAAAUGGUUGAAUCCAAUACUUCGAAUGUAGCUUCAUUAGUGCGUAUGAUACCAGCAAUUAAUCAUUGGGCCGUGACCGGAACCCCAAUCCAAAAAUCAUUAAAUGAUUUACAACCGCUAUUACAUUUUGUGGGCUUUGAAAGUGUAACCGAACCGAAUACCUGGAACUAUUUGAUUAAUAAUUUUGUUCUGGAACAUGAAACAAAUCCAGAUGCCAAAGGUUUGAAAUUGGUAAAGGUUUUACAGAAAUGUAUGUGGCGCACAUGGAAAUCUCAAAUAUCUGACGAGUUGCAAAUCCCACCACAGCAACAACUGGUGCAUCGCAUACAGUUUGAUAAUCUGGAGAAAUUCUUUUAUAAUGAACAGCACGAUGAUUGUCGUACAAUGUUUAUGGGAAAUGUCCAUAAGUAUACGAGCCGGAUGAGUACAAUAUCACCACAAAUUAUGAAAAUUAUACUACAACCGUUUUUGAAAAUCCGUCAAUCUUGUACCAUGCCUGUCGUUGUGGUCAAUUCUAACAAUAGUAAAAGUCAAGCCGCGCAACAGAAGCAGUUUCUUCAACCGCAAGAAUUACAUUCGUAUUUGAAGUCCACCAAUGAAUUAAGCUGUAAAUCGGAAUUACGCGCAAUGGCUUCCGUGAACAAUGGUUUGGCAGCUUUAUAUAUUAUACAAGAAAAAUAUGACGAUGCCACGAAUCACUAUAAUUUGGUACUAAGGUUGGCCAACGAGUAUGUUUACAUCAAUGUAACCGUCGACAGCUUGUUGCAAAUACAUGCUUUGCAUAAUCUAAUGGAAGUCAAACGAAUACAAAAUUUUACAAAUUCCGAUAUCGAAAUCUAUCAAACACAAUACAAUGCCUUGGAAUGGAAAUAUUUAAGUACUUAUUCCAAUACGUUGGCCAACGUUAAGGCCAAUUACAAUGCUGCCGUUAAUAAAUGUGAUCAAGAAAUCAACGCACAUCUUAUCGACGCCAUGUCUGAGGGCCUUAGUAAACUGAAUAUAAAUGAUACCUCACAGUUGCUGCAAAAAAUCUAUGAAGAAUGUAUGCCACGUUUUGGUGUAACUAAUCCGAAAUUAAGUGAAAUCCAAAGUUCCCGUUCGUUGCUCUACAUUGUUGAUCUGUGGUUUGCAAAAUUAAACCGAAUUGUGAAAAAACUUCAACAAGAAAUUGAGGAAUUAAAUUAUUUUACGGAAAAUAUAAAGCCACGGCAUCUGGUUUGUUCCACAAUAUGGAAUGACAUAAUGAAGUUGGUAUACAGCGUUUAUGACUGUCAUUUGAGGGAGAUACGAGUAAGUAAUUUACAAAAGGAAACAAAUGAAAAGAAAUCCAAAGAAAAGAAACCCAUAUGUAAAAUGUGUACGAUUCGUGAUGUAAUAAACAAUUUUGAAUGCCUACUAUUUGAUAAAGUCAUAGACAAGAAUACAAAUAUUACAGAAGGUCUGGAAAAUCAUUCUCUGGAAAUGUUGUUGUGCAAAAUAACUUUUGGCUUUCUUAAAAAUAAACAAUCUGAAAAUACGCUAAUAAAGACCAUGGAAAAUAGUUGGCUGUAUUUGGAAAAUUUACAAAAUUUGUGUAAACGUUUAAUAAAGCUAUGGAUCGAAAUCGAGUUUACCAUAAAGGCUUACGAUGAAUUGGAUAUGUGUAAGCUGAGAAUAACACUAACAGAUGAUCCUGAGGAUAAGUCAAUAUUCAAGAUAUUUGAACAUGAAGUUGAACAGCGUAUUAUGGAUCAACAUAAUGAACUACUCGAGGUCCAAAGACAGUUCACAAUUAAAUUAGCCAGAUUGAAAUAUAUUAGGCAUUUGGAAAGUGCCAAGGAAAUAGGAGCAUGUCCAAUUUGUCAUCUGUCCGACGAAGAUAGAUAUGCCGUUUUGGAAUGUGGCCAUCAUAUAUGUUACCCAUGUUUGAAGUCCAUGCAACAAUACAACAGAGGUGGUAGUUUUAAAUGUUCCAUUUGUCGGAAUGUUCAACAGCAUUCAAAUAUAUACUACAUUAGCAAGUCUAAAGCUAAAAAUCCAGAAAAUAAUAAUGUAAUUGGGAAUUAUUCUUCGAAAAUUACCUACAUUGUGAGGCAAAUUCUAAAUUUGCAAAAUCGAGAAACAAAUGCUGGAGAAGAAAACUACCUAAAAAUAUUAAUAUUUUCACAAUGGUUGCCAAUUCUACAGGCAAUUGCAGCGGCCCUAAAAGAAAACAACAUUACAUUUAGACUACAGUGUACACCACAAACACUGGAAGAGUUUAAGAAUCCUAGUCUUAAUAUUACCUGCCUGCUUAUGCCGUUUAUUAAGGGAUCUAAAGGAUUAAAUUUAGUUGAGGCUAAUCAUGUAUUCUUAGUUGAGCCCAUACUUAAUCCUGGUGAAGAAUUGCAAGCUAUUAAUAGAGUACACCGCAUUGGACAAACUAGGCCAACAACUGUGCAUCGUUUCAUUAUGGAAGAUUCUAUUGAAGAAAAUAUACAUGACUUUGUUUGCACAACGGCGAUAACUGACAAUGACACAAGUGGAACAGAACAAAAAUGGGAAUUUAACAAUGUUUCACUAAACAAUGGACUUGGACAUGCGCCGUGCACAGCUACUACUGCCGUUAGUGUGCAUACCAAGCAACCAGCCAUCGACUCAUAA